AUGGCACGCACACAAACCCUCCUAACCCUCGCCCUCACCAUCCUCUCCCCCCUGGCAACAGCGACGCCGACCCCACCAACCCAAGACCCAACCCUAGCCCAGUUUGAGGAGCGCUUCGUCAACUCGCUCCCCUACACCUCCGACAACGCAACCACACUCCGGCUGGUGGGCUUCAAGCGCAUGGCGCUGCCGGCGGCCGACGUGGCGGCGUUUGAGAAGGCGUGGAACGACCCUCCGUCCGAGUGGCGGCGGCGUGACGAGGGCUCGGCGACGACGGGUCGCCACGAGGAGCACUUUUGGUACGAUCGCGUCAGGAGGGAGGUCAGGGUGUACUUCCCCGUCGAGGGGGCGCUGUUGAGGAGGGGUGGUGCUGAACAAGGGGAUGGGGACGAGUUUGUCGAGGCAGAUGGGUUGGGGCAGGUUGUGGGCGUUGGGGAAAUGGUGAAGAGGGAUGUUGAUGGUGAGGGCAGAGCAAGGGCUGUGGUUGGUAGGAGAGCUACGGAUCAGGUGUCGGGCGUUGAGGGGAAUGUCAUCCGGGACGGGAUCAUCUACCUCGAAAGCCCAGCCCUACCAACACGGCACCUGGACGCCCGCACGACCAUCUACGAUUUUGGCAUCAAAUCGUUGGACCAUGACAGCCACAGCCACGACCAUGAUCAUGAUCACGACCACGAAGUCGAGCAAGACCAGGGCCAGGGCGGUGCGAACUUUGCCAAGCGUGCAGAUGGAAAGAAGGGCUGCCUCGAGAACCACAAGGGCAAUAAUUGCAGCAAGGCAUAUGGUAUCAACCAGGGUCGGUGCCCGAUGAACCCCAAUACGUGCAUGGACUACAACGGUUGGAAGACGGACUGCAAAAAGGGCACCACGACCAAGUUUGGAAUCCCGACUUUGAGCAAAGCCAUAAAGUUCCUGGGUAGCGACUGCUCGGUGAGCAUGGCGAGGGGACAUUGCUGGAAUGAGGUUAUGUGA